AUGUAUAGACGUACGAUAACUAUCGGUAGCGCUGGAAAAGCAUUUAGUGUAACAGGAUGGAAAUUAGGUGUCAAGAAGACAGGUAAACUGUUCUUGUUCUCAAGGCUUCUUUCAUGUGCUGGGUCCCUCAGUCACAUUCAUUUCAUCCAGGCCUACUUUUACGUUUUCAUCAACGGAGAUCUCCCAAACUUGUUUUCAAGGCUAUAUGUAAAAAAGCCUGGAGACUUUUCAUUGGCGGAACAGAAAAAAUAA